GUCGCUGCGCUCGUGCGGAGUUUAUUUCACUCAUUCACCGGAACCGCGAGCUUCUCUCUCCUCCUUUCGGACUGAACUUCACAGAUCUGUUUCCUCCGGGAUGGCUGCGUCGAUUCUGGAGGAGGAAACACGUUAUGGAUCCAGUCCCUUGGCUAUGCUAACCGCCACCUGCAACAAGUUUGGGAGCACCAGUCCGGUCCGAGACUCCGCCACGCCCAGUAAAGCAGGAAACACUGUACCAGUUAAGAAACAAUACAGCAUGACCUCUGAACUCCAGACCCCCAAGAACGGACGAGGCAGUGAGGGUGUAGCAGACACUUACAGUGGCUCUUUCAGCUCUGGUGGUGGCUUGCUAACCCCAACUGGUAGCCCUCCACCAAAUUCAAUGGGAGCAUACGGCUCCGAAUACAACCCUUUCUCAACUUUCCAGACCUCGACUGCCUCUCAGGACCCUUCGCUCUUAGGGACCAAAACCCAUACCACAGCGGACUGCCUGACCAGCGUCAACACCUACUUGGAUAUGACGCACCCCUAUGGCUCAUGGUACAAGGGAAUCCACCCCGGUAUUACGGCAGCUCCUGCGAAUGCCACAUCUUCUUGGUGGGACGUCCACACUAACUCAAAUUGGCUUAGUGCUGGACAACCUCAAUCCGACAGCCUCCAAGCACCCCUCCAACCGGUGGCUUCCCAAGCAUCCCUCAAUGCUCAGAUGUCCAGCUACACCCCUGACUUCACGCCCCUCAAUACAGCACCAUACCCUUCCGUGGGUCUAAGCUCGUCUUCACACUUGCAUCAGACCUCACAGCACAUGCUCCCGCAGGACAUGUACAAGCCCAAGCCGGUGGCUAGUUCUGGGAUCCUGGACAACUCCAUGGGACUUAAACCCGCCAGAGGUUCUGGUGGAUACACGGGGGGCUCCACCACUGGUAGAUCAUCUUGCGACUGCCCAAACUGCCAAGAGCUGGAAAGGCUCGGGGCGUCCGCCGCAUCCCUGCGCAAGAAGCCUGUCCACAGCUGCCAUAUUCCCGGUUGUGGAAAGGUCUACGGCAAGGCCUCUCACCUCAAAGCCCACCUGCGUUGGCACACGGGCGAAAGACCCUUCGUCUGCAACUGGCUGUUCUGUGGAAAACGCUUCACCCGCUCUGAUGAACUAGAGCGUCACGUGCGCACCCACACGCGGGAGAAGAAGUUCACAUGUCUGCUGUGCAAUAAACGCUUCACUCGUAGCGACCACUUGAGCAAACAUCAGAAGACCCACACGGAAGCUAGUCUGCAAGGGAAAGGGGCGGAAGAGGAGGCGGAACCCAGAGGACCGGAGGAACCAACAGACUCCAGUAAAGUGGCUCCUUCGGGGUCCGCAAGUGGCAUGCAGGACCCCGUGGCUGGUGGAGAAGAAAAGACAUCAGGAAAUGGUGUGGACAGCAGCAGUAGAUUGCUGGAGAUAUAACAGUAUGUGUUGGAAUGGUGGAGGACUUGCAUUAGUGCUAAGCUGUGUAAAGACUGAAACCUUUCGCAAAAAGAACAAACGAUUUUUGUUAUCAUAUGUUUUUUUAGGAGCUUGUCAUGAACACAUUUUUUCUCUCCUGGAACAAAAGGUGAAAACUGCAGUUUUGGAGAGAACGUCUACACAAGAAUCGUUUCAGACAGAUACUUGACUGGAGUGGCCUACAUCUUUGAGACUCUUGAUUUUGAUUCUUCAUCUUAAUUUAAUCUAUCUAUUAAUUAUUAUGUUCUUUAAGUGUUGUUUUUGAGUUUUCAGGGGCAAAUGAUUUAGAAGCCCAACGAUCAGUAGUUUGCAUAUGUUUCUUUGCUCAGUUGAUGCACAUUUGGACCUUUUGUUCCUGUUUAUUUAAUUCAAAUGAAUUUCUUUUAUUUUUUUUAAUCCUUUGUACAAGACUUUCUUGCAUAGAACUGAUCAGGAGAUAAUCUUCAGUUUAGGCUGCAAAGAGGCAAUCUGAUGUACAGUGAUCCAAAUUUCAUUAUUGAUGUGUCUGUCUGUGUGUGUGUGUGUGUGUGUGUGUGUGUGUGUGUGUGUGUGUGUGUGUGUGUGUGUGUGUGUGUGUGUGUGUUUAUAUCUCGUGGUUUUGAAACGUGGUUAUAUCUCGUGUUUUGAAAGAUGUGGACAAAGUCCCAUCGGUGAGCUCCUCCGGCAGGCAAGGUUGCAUUGGCUGGGUCAUGUAGCCCGCAUGCCCGGCCACCGCAUGCCUAAACAGUUAUUGUUUGGCCGGAUAGAGGGGGCUAAGCGGGCGCGGCACGGGCUGGAGAAGAGAUGGAGUGAUGUGGUACAGGAGGAUCUGGAGCUGAGUGGACUUGCCGACGACUGGUACCAGCAGUGUCAUGAUCGGCCUCUUUGGAGGAGGCUUGUGAAGGACGCUGCUGGCCAGUUGGAGGCAGUCGCCCUCCAACAACAACGGAGGGCAGAGGAGCGACGCUCACAACAACGAGCAGAGCGCAGGGUGGCUAAAGCACAGCAAGUUGGCACAGUAGGGGGCACAGGUGG